AAAAGAGAGCGAUUUUGGAUUUCAACGGACCCCCGAACGACUGCGUGAUGUACAAAGGGCUGCUCCUUUGCUCAGUGCGCACCGAUGACGAUAAUGUGAAGAAGGCAAAAUAACGAAGGCGCUUACACGCAAUCAGAGGGAUAUAAUAAAAACUGUGGUUUACAAUGUUAGCCUUGACUGAGAAAUGUAAAGACGAAACACUGACAGAGAGGAGUUGACACACUUUCCCAAACCUCGAAAAUAUGACUUUCUACAGGUAAUCGUAAUCGCUGGAAACCUUGUUGAGAAGUGAUUCACCUCGGGGGGUUUCAAGCAGCUUGAAUGACGUCUCAGGGAAAGCGGGUGAAAACUAAUCGUGCAUGGUGAGUCCAUCUGUGAGUCAUUAAUUUGUCUUACGUGUAGGAUAUCAGAUUUUUUUUUUGGCGGAGGCGAAGGAAAUAAAGAAGUAGAGAUUGUUUGCAUUUUCUUCCAGUUCGAAGAGUCUGAAUGCCCACCAACGGUAGGCGUUUCAUUUGGGGAGAUAUUUUGUGAUGAUAUGGACUCCGGGUCGACCGACACGCAGCAGGCAGAUCGUAGCGGACACGCCAGAUCCAUCACUGCGCUCAUGUGAAGUUUGGCUCUGCGAAAAGGAUGUCACCCAGUUCUGCUGGAUCUAAAAUCAAAGAGCAUUUUUAAAGGCUGUUUGAUCUGUUCGGUAUUUUAAUUCUGUGAAAGAUAUAUUAGGAUUUUUCUCAGUUAUGAUCGGAUCCUUUUUACUUUUACUGUGAACUGACUGAUCUAGGUGUUGCUUUAAGUGAUAGCCUACAGUCAUGCAUAUUUUUGUGGCAGUGGGACCCAUGCGUAAACUAUUUUAUUAAUGUUUUCUCAGACAAAUGAAUGUCAAUUACCUCGUUUCACUGAGUGAUUUGAAUCCCUGUCAAAGGUUUUUUUUCUAUUCAACAAGCUAAGCGAGCACUGGUAGUCAAGCGAUGGGCGCAGUUUGCCUUAGUAGGAACCGAAUGCGUCUCGAUUUUUUUAAUGCAGCUUGUUGAAUCUCCUCCUAUGUAAUAGGAAUGGGCUCGUAUUGACAAACUUUACAGCCAUUUGGGUGGUAGCAGGCGAUUUACAGCCUCCUUUUCCCUAAAACUAACUCAGCUGUCGGAGCAUCAUGGCUCGUUACGGUUUCGGACUGAAACAGAACCCUCGCUUUCUAUGGAUAGUGUUUUGUUUGGUGAGAGCGUUGUUGGAUUUCGCGCUGUCACAGGAAGUUUACGCACCCCAUUCUAUCAGGAUUGAGGGACAUUUGACCCUGGGUGGUCUCUUCCCCGUGCACACCAGAGGGACCGACGGCGUGCCUUGUGGAGAUAUCAAAAAGGAGAACGGGAUCCAUCGGCUUGAGGCUAUGCUGUAUGCUCUGGAUCAAAUCAACCUCGACGAUCAACUUUUACCCAACAUCACCCUAGGCGCCCGGGUGCUAGACACUUGUUCGAGAGAUACAUAUGCGCUGGAACAAUCAUUAACUUUCGUUCAGGCUUUGAUACAGAAGGACACUUCGGAUGUGAGGUGCACCAAUGGAGAACCGCCGUUGUUCGUCAAGCCCGAGAAAGUGGUUGGAGUCAUUGGCGCCUCGGCAAGUUCUGUAUCGAUUAUGGUCGCCAACAUUUUGCGCCUCUUUCAGAUCCCUCAGAUCAGCUAUGCCUCCACGGCCCCAGAGCUGAGUGAUGACAGGCGCUAUGACUUCUUCUCUCGGGUGGUUCCCCCGGACUCAUUUCAGGCCCAGGCCAUGGUGGACAUCAUCAGAGCCCUGGACUGGACCUACGUCUCCACCGUUGCCUCUGAGGGCAGCUAUGGAGAGAAGGGCGUGGAGGCCUUCCAACAGAUCUCCAAAGAGGCUGGUGGGAUCUGCAUCGCUCAGUCUUUGAAAAUUACCCACAACCCCAAGCUGGAGGAUUAUGACGAAGCCAUCCAACAACUGCUGGAAACGCCCCACUCCCGGGGAGUCAUCAUCUUUGCCAGUGAAGAAGACGUACGGGGACUUCUCAAUGCCACCAAGAGAGCCAAUCAGGUGGGCCAUUUCCUGUGGAUUGGGUCGGACAGUUGGGGGGCGAAGAGCAGCCCAGUACACCAGUUGGAGGACGUGGCAGUGGGAGCAGUCACUAUACUGCCCAAACGCUCAUCUAUUAAAGGGUUUGAUGAAUACUUCACCUCGCUCACCCUGGAGAAUAAUCGCCGGAACGUGUGGUUUGCCGAGUUCUGGGAGGAGAACUUUGACUGCAGGCUCCUUAGUUCCUCCAAAAGAGAGGACACCAGCAGGAAAUGCACAGGCCAGGAGCGGAUCGGAAUAGACUCAAAGUACGAGCAGGAGGGGAAGGUGCAGUUUGUGAUAGACGCGGUGUACGCAAUGGCUCACGCCCUCCACAACAUGCAGAGAGACCUGUGUCCUGAGCACUCUGGCAUCUGCCCUGUGAUGGAGGCAGCUGAGGGGAAGACCCUGCUCAAGUACAUACGCAACGCCAGCUUCAACGGUAGUGCAGGCACGUCGGUUAUGUUUAAUAAAAACGGUGACGCCCCGGGACGCUACGAUCUGUUCCAGUUUCAGAUGACCAACUCCAGUGUUCCUGAAUACAGGCCCAUCGGACAGUGGGUGGAGACUCUCCAACUCAGGCUGGAGGAGCUGCAGUGGCCAGAGGGAGAGCAGGCGGUCCCUAUUUCCAUGUGCAGUCUGCCCUGUAAGACAGGUGAGAGGAAGAAGAGGGUGAAGGGCAUGCCAUGCUGCUGGCACUGUGAGCUGUGUGAUGGUUACCAGUACCAGUAUGAUGAGACCUCAUGCCGCCUUUGCUCUUACGACAUGAGGCCCAACCCCAACCGGACGGAGUGCCAACCUAUCCCCAUUGUCAAGCUGGAGUGGCACUCCCCCUGGGCCGUCAUUCCCGUGUUCCUCGCUAUGCUGGGUAUCAUCGCCACUAUCUUUGUCAUGGCAACGUUCAUACACUACAACGACACACCCAUCGUACGUGCGUCAGGCCGCGAGCUGAGUUACGUGCUGCUGACGGGCAUCUUCCUGUGUUACAUUAUCACCUUCCUGAUGAUUGCCAAGCCUGACGUGGGCGUGUGCUCCUUCCGGAGGAUCUUCCUGGGCCUGGGGAUGUGCAUCAGCUACGCUGCGCUGCUCACCAAGACCAACCGGAUCUACCGAAUCUUUGAACAGGGGAAGCAGACAGUGACAGCCCCGCGCUUCAUCAGCCCCACCUCCCAGAUCGCCAUCACCUCCUCCCUCAUCUGUCUGCAGCUGCUGGGCGUGCUCGUCUGGUUCGCCGUGGACCCGCCCAACACCAUCAUCGACUACGACGAGCAGAAGACCAUGAACCCCAACCUGGCGCGUGGGGUGCUGAAGUGUGACAUCACGGACCUGCAGAUGAUCUGUUCGCUGGGCUACAGCAUCCUGCUGAUGGUCACAUGUACCAUCUACGCUAUCAAGACCCGUGACGUGCCAGAAGACUUCAACGAGGCCAAGCCCAUCGGCUUCACCAUGUACACCACCUGUAUAGUCUGGCUGGCCUUCAUCCCCAUCUUCUUUGGCACAGCCCAGUCUGCAGAGAAGCUGUACAUCCAGACAACCACCCUCACCAUCUCUAUGAACCUCAGUGCGUCUGUAGCUCUGGGGAUGCUCUACAUGCCCAAGGUGUACGUCAUCAUCUUCCACCCAGAGCUCAAUGUCCAGAAGAGGAAGAGGAGCUUCAAGGCCAUGGUCACCGCCGCCACCAUGUCCUCCCGCAUCUCUGUGAAGCCCAGCGAGAGGCCCAAUGGAGAGGCCAAGACCGAAUUGUGUGAAAACCCACCCACCGCAGCCCACCGACCCCAUGAGUCAAGCUACGAAGAAAACAUAUGUGAGUUACAACAACCUCAGGAUCUAAUGGCCUCCCAGGGAAUGCUCCGUGUCCUUACUCUGGGAUGAUGACCAUAACUGAGGAGCACAGGAAGAGAAGACUGGCAGGGGUAGGGGCAGUGGCAGGCUGCCUAGAUAUUACUAUGGUCUCCAGGACUGUGAAUGGUGUCAACCUUUAUCGUUUUUGUCUUCUGAAGAGGAAGAUGAAGGGGGAAAGGUAAAAUGGAGGGAUGGAGAUAUUUGAUAUGAGCAGUGAAUGAUGAAGAGAUAGCUAGCUGUAGGAUCGUAACUGGGCCCUGAUCCAUGCUGUUCUGUUCUGAUCUGUUCUAGAACCAGACUGUGGGUUCUUAGAACCUCUGUAGUGUGCUCCCUUUAUCUCUGAAACAGUCAGUGAUGUGAACAACCUCUGUGAUACAGGAGUCAGUCUAAGUAAUCCCUGAGAAAAAAAAAGAAGACUGGACAGUUUAUUUAAAUGUUUUUUUUUGUUGUAAUAUCCAUUAAAGCCAUAUUCUCUUGCAGUGCCCAUGGUUUGUUUUUAAGUUAAGUGAGGUUUCUUCUGAGUUCCUUGUGCCUGAUCUUACAUUUUUUCAACAUAAUAUUAUGUUGAAUUUCGACCUUGACUGAAUCAUCAUGACUAGCAAGCUCUGCCACAUGCGUUUAGUUUUUAUGAAAUCCACUCACAUCAAUCAUUUUAACAUGAAUAACUAUGUCAGCGUGAGGAGCAAUGUAUCUAUAUUUUUUGUAAAUAUCUGAGAGUAUUUUCAUGUUUGGAUAACAACAACAAAAUAUCCAGUAUAUGUUUAAUUGGCUUUGGAUCGUAAUUAAAAAGCAGCACAAACUGUUCACAUUGCAUGUGCGAAUGUAUGUCUGUUCUAUUUGAUGUAAAACAAAAGAAAAGAGAAAUAAAUUCUGAAAUGACUAUGAUCUUAAGCAUCAUUCUGAAGUUUAUUAAUUUCUUUUAAAGAAAUGACUUGAUUCAUAACAGAAUAUGGCUUUAAUCUGUUAGUAAAAUGGACCCCUCUGCAUCUGUCAGCAUGUUGGUUUUAUAUAGUUUUGUACUUUAUGCUUAAUUAUCAAUGGUGUGGGAAGAAAACCUAUCUGAACAAUCAUGCAAGUAUGUUGUGAAGUUGUCUGUCCAAUUAUCAACAUGUAAUAAAAUCAUUUUGUUAUCUUUUAUACAAUUAAACAAGGCGGAACCUAAUCGUU